AUGUGUAGUCCCGCUCAGAUCCCCUAUCCGGAUUUGCCCGGCGUACAAUUCACUUCACUUAGCGCCUCGCUGGUAUCUAACUUGACAAUCCAAGUCCCCGAGAGCACGUAUACGAACAAUGGGGCUGUCUACGCUGAAGGUGUCAACUUUUGCAAUCUCACGACUACUUACACGCACCCUGGCGAGUCCGAUACUGUCACUAUUUCUGUGUACCUCCCCACAGAGUGGAAUGGCAGGAUGCAAGGUGUUGGCGGAGGGGGGUUUUCCGCUGGAGGCGUUAACUUUCCACUCCUCCAUUACUCUAUGCUAGGCGCCGUGUCGGAGGGGUACUCUGCUGUGACUACUAACGCUGGCCAUGAUUCAAUAAACCCUGAUGACUGGAUAUUGAAGAGUCCCGGACACGUUGACCUUCAUCUUCUCGAAGAAUUUGGCUCCAACUCGCUGAACGAAUUGUCUAUCAUUGGUAAGGCAAUUACGGAGAGCUACUACGGCAAGCCACCAGCAUACUCCUAUUGGAACGGGUGUUCACAAGGCGGACGGCAAGGUUUCAAGAUUGCUGAGAAAUACCCUACCGCGUUCGACGGGAUAGCAGCUUCGGCCCCGGCAGUCGACUUUGCCGGGUUGGGUGUGGCUGAUCAUUGGCCCCAGGUUGUUAUGAAGGCGCUAGGCCAGUACCCGAAGAACUGUGAGUUUGUUGCGAUCACGGAAGCCUUCAUCAAGCAUUGCGACGGUAACGAUGGACUACUUGAUGGGAUCGUCACUGACCCGGAUUCCUGCGACUUCGAUCCGUAUUCUGUGGUGGGCAAGUCUGUUGAUUGCCAGGAUACCGACGCUGGAACUGUGAAAAUAUCGGAAGCUGCGGCCAAUAUUUCGAUCGCGACGUGGACUGGCGCUCGAAAAUUAGAUGGCUCAUUUCUUUGGUGGGGACUUAAAAGGGGGGCAAGCCUAGUAGACGAGGACAUCGGCCUUGGGGUCAAUGCGGGACUUGCGACAACUGUGUGCUCGGGGAAUGGCACCUGCACAGGACACACAAUGGAUGUUGUUGACGCAUGGAUACGGCUUCUUAUCAAGAAAGACCCUACUUUCGACGUCACGACAGUAACAAUCGAGGACCUUCAGGAUUUAUUUCAACAAUCGCUAGAUGAGUACGGUCCAAUUUUCAACGUGAAGCCUAACUUGGACGCCUUCCGAGAAGCAGGGGGGAAGCUACUAUCCUACCACGGUCUGGCCGAUGCUAUCCUCCCUCCAGACUCUUCGUCGCACUUCUACGAAAGUGUUACAGCCCACGAUGAGCAAAUACAUGAUUAUUAUCGUCUUUUCGAAGCGCCGGGGCUUGCUCACUGUUGGGCGGGCUCUGGGGGAUAUUACCCUGCUGGACUUUUUAAGGCCCUGGUCUCAUGGGUUGAAUCCGAUGUUGCCCCUGACAGUAUCAUUGCAGCAACUUCUGUGGAUAAGGGCCCUGUUCGUGAGAGUAUUUUGUGUCCUUAUCCUCAGAAGGCACACUAUAGGGGCACGAGUUCAAACGCUACAGCUGGUGAUUUCUAUUGUGAUAAUUAAGGGGCGAUUGUCAGAGGCUGCCCUUGGUAUAUCACCACUACGGAGUGACAGGUGACUAGCUGGUGACUAGCUCAUAUGGUAUAUAUUUCGGAAUAAUACUAACGCCUGCCCUCCCCUGAAUCUAAGAGGGAACCAAGGUCCCCUUAUCACGUCAUAUACCUAUCGUAAUCCUUGUCAUCUGACAGCGAUCGAGGAGUCCGU